AUGAAGGUCACACUCAGCUUCGUUCUUUCGGCUCUCGCAGUUGCUUAUGUUUCUGCCUCGCCCCUCGUCGGCGGAGGAGGAAGCGGGUCUGGCGCAGUUGGCGGUGCGGCCGGCUCACAGGCAUCAGGUGCCGGCGGUGUUGGCUCUGUUAGCGGAGGUGGCGCUGGCCUGGCAGGAGCGCAAGGCGAUCUGGCCGCUAACGUCGUCGGAAGUGAAGGCACAGCAGCUGGUGGUCUGGCCAAUGGCUACGCGGGCCUUGCCGGAUCUGCAAUCGCUGCCGGUGGUGAACAGGGCGCAAUAGGCGCCGCGGGCUCAUACUCGCAGGGCAUUGGCGCAGCUGGUGACAUCGGUGGUGCUGCUACGCAGAACUCAUACAUCUCAUCGACCACAAGCUCUGCGCAGGGUUCUAGCGCUGCUGGCAAUCUUCACGGAUCGGGACUCGAAAGCUCGGCCGGACAAGCUUCUGGCGCAGCGGGAGAGAAUCUCGAGGGUGCGGCGGGCGUUGGUGGCAAUGCAGCGGGCGUUGGUGGCGCAUCAGGCGCAGCAGGACAGACGGCAGCCGGUGCUACAGGCGCUGCAGGUACCGCAGCUGGAAACGCGGGUGCUGCAGGAGGUGCUGGCACGUCUGGUGCUGGCCUUGCAGGCUCUGCGACCGGCCAGACCGGCGCAGGUGCUGGAGCCACCAACACUGGCGCAGGGGGCGCUGCCAUCUAA